AUGAGAUUCCUGACUUUGUUUUUGAUACUUUUAAUCGCCAGCGCGAAUAUUUUUGAUGUGCAGGCUGACGUUGACACAAACCUACCGAGCUUAGAAUUUAAAAGAAUACGCCGAAUCAAGUCUACCAGUAGUAGUCGAAGGCUCAAGCGGAAUAAAUCACGUUUAAUAGAUGUCGGCCACGACAUUGCUUAUACAACAACUGUUGCAAUAGGAACACCACCUCAAGUAUUUACCUGUCAAAUAGAUACUGGCUCAACUGAUUUAUGGGUACCCGACGCUUCGUGUGUCGGAGUAGGAUGCUCUAAGAAGCACAAAUUUUCUUCCAAACACUCCGUCUCGUAUGGGGGUGACGGUGGUCCUUGGGGCAUUUCUUAUGUCGAUGGGUCAGCUGCAUCAGGAGUGACAGCAACCGAUACAGUAACAGUUGGUGGCUUUGUAUUAAAAGGUCAACAGUUUGCGAGGGCAACGAGAAUGGACCAAAGCUUCAAACCCCAGCCUUUCGAUGGACUCAUAGGGUUAGCAGGACCUCAAAUGGCUGCUGUUCCAACGGCAGUAACGCCAAUUCAAAACAUGAAAAAUCAUGGUUAUAUAACUCGCCGCUCAUUCGGCAUAUGGCUAGGCAAAUCAACUGACGGCGGCUCAGGAGAAAUCACUUUCGGCGGGUUCAAUCCUGCUCACAUAGUCGGCAAUCUAACUUCAAUUCCUCUUGUCGGAAGCUUUGACAGUACUGGGUCUUGGACAGUCCAAUUAAGCAAAGUAUCUCUUGGCGGUCAUGACAUUGUACUUACACGAAAGAACGGCGUUGCUAUGUUAGAUACUGGAACAUCACUUAUUUUUACAUCGCCCACUAUAGCGGAUCAGAUUAACACAGCAUUAGGAUUAGGUGGUCAUUUCUCGUCCCAGGCACAAGCGUAUAUCAUACCAUGCGACGCAAAGCCGCCGGAUAUGACGUUUACUUUUGGAACCGCAUCUUUCACCGUCCCAGGCCGCGAUUUGGUUGUUUCACUAACAAGAGGAGUAUGUAACAGCGCUAUUACCCCAGGUGACCCUGGCGAUGGUGUGUCAUUUCUUGUGGGCGAUACUUUCUUAAAGAACAACUAUGCCUACUUCGACAUGGAUGGGUCAACUAUCGGACUUGCCCAGGCUAAACGAUAA